AUGUAUCAAAAUGAAACAGAAUAUUAUAGUGGUAGCGGUUUUAAGGAAUCAGGAAUAAUGAAAAAAUGGAAAGAGAAACUUUUUAUAUUUUAUGUGAAUACUCAGGUAAUGUGAUCAGUCUAUUUGAAAGGUUUUAUAAAUACAAGAUGUUAAGGAUUAAAGACAAAAGUAAAUAAGAAUCUAUGAUUACACGUUGAAAAGAUUGGGCCGAAUUUAAGACAAAUACGUGAUAAAGUUGUGGACUAAGUCAAAUGAAAUCAAAUUUGGGUGGAAUAACGAAAAAGAAUAUUAGCAAUGGACUGAUUGCUUUUCAGGAGAAUGGUAGAAAAAGUUGGCCUAAAGAAAAGCAUUGGAAGAAUUCGAUAGAUCAUUACCCGAAGAGGAACCUUAAAUUGAUAAACAACCAUUAACUAUAAAAUCUCAAGCCAAGCCUAGUUUAUUGUCAAGGAAUAAAAUUCAGAAGAUGAUUCCACAUUUACCUGAUUGCAUCUAGGUAAUGUUCCCACAAUUAUGAAUUAGAAAGAUAUGGAAAUAUUGCUGUAGAGCACAUUCCAAAAUUUGGUUAAUUUCAGUGAUAUUCACAAUUUUAAGUAAAUUUUAGACUAGGAAGAUGCUCAGUUAUACUAGGACACAAAUGAUAAUUUGCAUAUGAAAUUAAUUUAUUAUUCAAAAAUAGAACCACAUAGAAUCUAUGAUGUAAAUAAGCUAUUUACUAUAUUAGGAACAUGUCAUGCCAUCCCCUUCAUGGUUACCUCACCUAUUUAAAUCAUUUUAAGUAUAUCCUACCAAAAAAGGGUGUAGUUUGGUUUAUGCUCAAUUACACUUAGAUGAAACUUCUUGUGAUACUCUAUAACAUCAAGAUCUCCCUAUUAAUAUGAUGAAUAGUGACUUAAUCAGCAUCGUAUUCACAUAAAAAGGGUUUGAGAAGGAUGGAAUUUAUUGUAUAUUUCGUAAAUAUACUGGAUAGGAGAUAUAUCACGAUUAAAUUGAUCAUAGCUUGGCUAAGCAAUUGGAUCAAUAUAAAAUAAUCAGAUCUGUCUUAGUUAUUUAACCCUCCAAGUAUGACUUUGAUAAUCAUUUAGCAAGUAAGAUUACAAGAGUCUGCUAAUUGAAGACAUCAAUGUAGAAAGUCAAGAUAGAGAUGCAGGAGAGAAGAUGAUCAAAGUCUUUUUAAUGAAUAUCACAUCCAGUGAUAGAAAUUUAACCUAAAUUUAAGAAUAAAUCUAGUAGAUAACUGAAAAUAUAAUCACUCAGAAUAAUGAAAGUGUUGAUGCACUUCAAGUUUCUAUUAAGCCCACUAAGUAAGAAAUCUUGAGGAUAACAUCUGAAUAACAUUAGAUUUAGUCUAGGGAAGAGUUCCUCAAAAUCAUUGAAAUGGUCAAGAGAGGAGAAUAAAUCAAUGAAGCCAUAACUUACUAUUCGGAUCAGAGAAUUUCACAAGGAUUAUCUGAACAAUUAGACAGUACUGAGGAAGGAGGACACUUCAUGUAUACCAAAUAUUAUAGAGUUGAUUAAUAGAGAGGUGGAUUGACUUACCAUAAUGAGAGACUACUAAGAGAUUAGAGAUCUGUGCUCUUGAGCAUGAUCAAGAGAAUAGGUUCCAAUAUAAUUAAUGGCAAAUCUGUUAUGUCAGUUUCAUUGCCAAUAUAGAUUUUUGAGACCAGAUCAUUCUUGGAGAGAAUGGCAAGGGCUUUAGGACAUGCACCGAUAUUUUUGGAGUCUGCAGCCAAAUCACCUGAUGUGAAAGAGUAAAUGAGAUUAACUAUAGCAUUCUAUUUUUCAGGUUUCAUGAUGGGCAUUUAAUAGGAGAAACCCUUCAAUCCUAUCUUGGGGGAAACCUUUUAAGGUAGGAUAAAAGGGUGUCCUAUCUAUUUGGAAUAGACCUCUCAUCACCCUCCUAUUUCUAAUUUUAUUCUCUUUGGCAGAGACUAUAAAGUUUAUGGGGCAUUUAGUCCAGUUGUCAAUAUGGGAUGCAAUAGUUUGUCUGGAGAGUAGCAAGGUCAUAGUGUUGUACAUUUUCAGAACUCAAACUUAAAGUUUUAUUACAUCAAUCAACCAUUCACAGUUUAUAACAUCAUUACUGGACAAAGGAAUGUGAAUUGCCAUAAAAGAAGUUUUUGUUUUUAGCCUGAUCUUCAACUAUGUGCUGUAAUCCAAUUCAAUCCAAAGGAUAAAAAUCGUAGUUUCUUUUCUAAAUCAAGUUAACCAAUCGAUUACUUUGUUGGUUAAAUUCAUAAAGUGACUCCGAUGUGUAUUGAGAGAUGCAAAUUAGCCCAUCGCACAGGCUCAGGAUUGAAUUCCAAAUUAAAGAUAAAAGCUGAGGAAAUCCUAGAGAGCUAUGAAUAGAUAACUGGAAGAUGGACAUCUCAUUUGGACGUUAACAAUCAAAGAUAUUGGGAUAUCAAUGUUCAUAGGUACAAUAUUUGAGAUGAAAUUAAUCAAUAGACCAUAUAUUUUAGAGUUCGAAUCAAAGCCACUACCAUCAGAUUGUCUUUAUAGACUGGAUUUACUGUUGAUGAAGGGAAGAGAAAUAGAGAGAGCGUAGGAUAUGAAAGAGUAGAUGGAAGUAGAGUAGAGAAGGGACUAAAAGCUAAGAGAAAGAAGGCAAUUCUGAUGUAAUAUAUAAUUUAAAUAAAUGCACUGUUAACUUACUUGUCUCAUCAGAAUAAUAUUUAUUAAAAACUUAUGGAUUUUGAAAUAAAUGAUUCCAUUCAAGCGGAGAAGCGCAAAUAUCUCUUGCUAACCUUAAAUGGAUAACCAGAUGCAAAUAUCAUAAGGUUUAGGUUCUUUUAGGUAAUUUGAUUGAUAAACUCUUAGAGACAAAUUUGCAUGGCUGAUAUCAAAACUAAGGCUGAGAAUUACUAUCAGAUGAAAAUACAAUGCCUUAGGUUGUUCACUUAAUAGGGCAUUGAGAUAUUUUAGGAGGAUCUUCCGUAUAUAAAAGAGGGGACUCUCCUAUAUAUAUCAGACAGUAUACUUUGAAUCCGAUUUGUUUCUUAGGCAGUGACUUCGAUGCUUAUUCUCAGAUAAGUGUUUACCAAAUAAUGAAAGUGCUUGGAGAGGGUGGAUUUGGGAAGGUGAUGUUGGGAAAACAUAAAGUGACUGGAGAACAGGUAGCAAUAAAGCUGAUAGAUUCUGGGAAAUUGUGGAAUGCUGAGGAUAUCGAUUUGGUGUUUAGAGAGGCCGAAGUGAUGAAGAAUCUCAGACAUAAUAAUAUCAUUAAGAUAUUGAAUUGUUAUACGCUCCCAAACAUGCAGGUUGUUUUGAUAAUGGAAUUCCUGCAAGGAGGGGAUUUGGUUGAAUACAUUCAAGGUAUAUCGAAUAAUGUGAUUAAAUUAGAGAAAGGCGGAUUGUCUGAAGAAGAGGCUAGAGUAAUAUUUCGUUAGAUUGCAGAGGCUAUUCGAUAUUGUCACGAUAAACGUCUCAUUCAUAGAGAUCUCAAAUUAGAAAAUGUGUUGUUGACAUCCAAGGUAGAGAAAAUGAUCAAAAUCAUUGAUUUCGGUAUUGCCACAGUCUCCACCAACUUCACUAUUGACAAGGUGGACAGAGGCUCAUUAAGUUACAUGCCUCCUGAAGUGGUGGGUGGUUAAGCGACUGAAAUAAGACCAGCUAUUGAUAUCUGGGCUUUGGGAGUAAUCUUAUAUGCUCUUGUUUGUGCUAAUCUGCCCUUUACUUCUCGAAGUGAUGAGUAAACUAUUGACAAUAUCUUAAAGUGUAAUUAUACAUUCCCCUCUCAUCUUAUUCUAAGCAAAGAGUAUAAGGAACUCGUAGCCAAUAUGUUGAAUCCCGAUUAAUCGGAAAGGUAUUCAGCUUAUCAAAUACUGGGUCAUCCCUGGAUGCAGAAGGUUUUGACUCAAUCACCAACCAAAAUGCUCAAUCCUCGUACUUUAGCUAAUAAGAAAAACAAAAAAGCAUUGAUCCAAAUGGGAAUCAAAAAGGAAAUCACCAUGGCUGGACCCAGUCGUCAUUGCUAAUAGCCUCAAAUUAGGGCUGGAGCUACUAUGUUGAAGACCACUUCUAAUCAAGGCUUUGUUCAAGUGGUGUACGAUCUCCAAGCUCGGAACUUCUUAGUAAUUAUCCAUCCAUAUAUACUUUUAGAAAUAAGAAGAUCAAUCUUCUCCUCGAUCAUCUCUCAACUUCUUGGGUGAUUUGGUUAAUAAGUCAAAUCAGGAACCAGAUGAAAUCAUAAACACUGAGAAACCCUAGACAAAGACUCCUCUGACCAGGAAGUAUUCAGAUUUCAAUCAAAAAUUGAUUGAUAAAAUCUUUUUGGAAGAUUCAAAAAGGGAAAAAAUUAAAUAAUGGAGAAAGAAUUAGGUUAAGAAACAAGCCAACCAUUUUAAAUCCUAAUCUCAAGGCUCCAUCAUUAAUUGUGCUCAGAAUAACUAUGUUUCAGCUCGAAGUGCCAAUACUUCUCCUCUCUAAACAGCGUCGAGGUCUGGACUCUAAUCUCCGAAUCUGCUCUAUAGUGUAAGGGGCACUGCAAAAUCCAAAAGGAAACCUCAAAGUCAAUUGGAAAUCCAGACCAUUCUCAAUCUUAGUUAGAAAAUAGAGUGGAAACAAUUAUUCGCUAGUCCCACUUACUCCUCAAGGGAUACUCCAUUGAAGAUCCAGAAAACUAACUAGCAAAAGGCGGAAUAGCUUUACAAAAUAUAGAUCCAAUUCAAAUAGCGCAAAAGAAACUCAGAUAAUCUUUUACAGAAACAAUUGAGUUUAAAUAAUAAGGAAAUUACAAUUUAAAAAUUGUGCAAUAUCAUAUUUUCAUCCAGAGUGAGAGCAAGCAAUAAAUGA